AGGGGGAGUUCUGCAGGGUCAAAAAUACACAGGAGCUGCAAAUCAAAAAAACUCAGCAGACCUGCGCAACUUUCUAACAAGCAGUUUUUUUUUUUUCCCUUUUACAACUUUGACUUGAUUCCGGUCGCUGCAAAGAUGACCACAGCCGUGGUGUCGCCUUUCUUCGACUUCGAAGUAAUGAACAAGAACAACAAACUGCUCAGCUACAACAACAACCUGGGUGCCCCUCAUCCCAUGUCUGUCCCUUGCACUGGCACCAAUGUGCCCCUCUCCAGCCCCACCGGAGCCCUGCUGGACAGGAAGGCGGUGGGAUCUCCCUCGGUGGGAAGCGUGUACCAGCGGCGGCACUCUGUCAGCAGCACAAAGUUCAGCCAGAACCAGUUUCUGAACAGCCUGAAGGCAGCGGACCACUCCUCACUCAUCUCAGGGGUUGGCAAUGCCAGCAACAACAAGGAGAACCGCCUGCGAGACCGCUCCUUCUCUGAGACAGGUGAGAGGCUCAUCAACAAGUGCCUGGGCCCUGCCAGUCCCACCAGCGGCAGCAGCCAAGUGAACUCCAGCCGAUACAAGACGGAGCUUUGCAGGCCCUUUGAGGAGAACGGUUCCUGCAAGUACGGCGACAAAUGCCAGUUUGCUCACGGAAUCCAUGAACUGCGCAGCCUGAGCCGCCAUCCCAAAUACAAAACUGAGCUGUGCCGCACCUUCCACACCAUUGGUUUCUGUCCAUACGGGCCUCGCUGCCAUUUCAUCCACAAUGCUGAGGAGCGCCGUGGACCUCCCCAGCAGUCCUCCUCUCUAAACUCUUCCAACAAGAUAGAGAGGCCUCGGCUGCAGCACAGCUACAGCUUCGCAGGCUUCUCCAGCUCAGCUGGGCUGAGAGACAGCCCCACCUCGGUCACCCCUCCACCCAUGUUCUUCCCUGAUGAAGUCUCCGACUGGCCCAGCAGUAACCCCUUCACCUACUCCAGCCAGGAGCUGGCCAACCUGUUUGGGCCCAGCCUCAGUGCCGGUCCUGUAGGCACAGAGCCCAACACCCCUGCACCUCCCUCUCCAACAAGCACACCUUUUUAUUUCAGACCCAUGUUGGAGUCCCCUCAGAUGUUCGAGUCUCCAUCCAGCCCUCCUGACUCACUGUCAGACCAAGAGGGCUACCAGAGCAGCUCUGGAGGCAGCCUGAGUGGCUCUGAGUCCCCCACGCUGGACACCACCCGCCGCCUUCCCAUCUUCAGCCGCCUCUCCAUCUCUGACGACUAAACUGCACGCGCCCACCAAUGACUUUAAGUUUGAUGACACAAAGAGAACACGGCACUCCCCUCUACCUCUGCCCCUUUCCUAAGCCUCCCUGUCUUCCCUUACACAACACACCGUGUUUGUUCCUUGUUAGCAUUAUAAGGAUGUAGUCAAUUAAGGGAACCCAAAUGAUCAUUUCACCCCUGUUAAUCUGCGCCGCAAGUUUUAAAAAGUACCCUGCCAUGUGUCAUAGUGCCAAAAAAGGAGAGGAAAUUGAACAAUGAAAAUCACAAGAACAAGAAUUGACUGUAUUGCCAGGUGCCACUUGUUUUUUUUUUUUCUUUCUUUCUUCUUCAUUUGUUCUUGAAUGUGUAGCAGCACAAGUGGCCUUGGAAAGGGGAGUGCAUUGCACUAGCCCCCAGCCCCCCUCCCUCUCCCCUCCCUGACGAUACCACUUCCCCCGAGCUAGCUAGAGGGUGCUCACUAACGUAACUGUAGAUCUACCGCAGCCGUUUUUACAGACUGAGUUAAGACAAAAGGAAAAAAAAAGAAAUAACAGACCCUGAAAAGAUAUGAAUAGUUUUUAAAAAAAAGAAAAAAGUGCCUGGGGCGGUUUCUGCAUGUGUUUAGGGUGAAUGGACUACUGUUUGUUUUUGGUUCUUUCUCAUUUGCCCCCCCCCCUCCUCCUCCCCUCUGUCACGGUUCUUCUCAAGCCCUGUCUUAUGUAAUUGUGGACUGGGUGAGUCUGCAGGAAGGACUUUGAACUGGAAGUUGGUUAUGUUUCCCCCACCCCCCUCUGAGUUUUCUCCUCCUGUUGCUGGUCACUGGCUUUUUUUUUUCUUUUUGGGAAGGAAGUCUUGAUAUCAAACUGAUCAUUAAAACCUGUAAGACUUUGUCCCGCUUCUCAACCCUGCCUCCCUCCCUUCAUCCUCGCCGAUCUGGGGAAUUCCACAAUUCCCAUGGUGCAGUUGUACAUCCUGCGACUUGACAAGAUCGGAUCUCCAAGCUAUUUUACUUUACUUCUCUCCCACUUUAAAGCCUGCUCCUAGGAGCACUCUCUGUACUCAUUACAUCCCUUUUGCUUUCUUUAUUUGAUAAUUAUUUUUUAUUAAUGUUAUUAUUACGGUUAUUAUUAUUUGAAAAAACUUUCCAGACAGAAGGUUUUCUUGUCACUGCUUAUUUAACUUAUCAGAACAUAUUUAUUGGUGAUCAUAUGCAUUUUUUGUUAAUUUUGUUUUGUAUUUAUCUGGAUAAUGAACAAUAGAAUAUAUUUUCUUUUAUGUUAAAUUAUGAUCUUCCAUAUUAAUCUAAAGAUUGUGAAGACGUUUUUGUCAGUUUUCCUUUUUUCACAGUUUAAUAUAUUGUACUUCAAUGACUUUUGUUCUGCAACUACACUUUGUUAAAAUGAAACUUAAUUUAAAGCAAAAAAAAAUGCAAAAAAAGAUGUUUUGCGUUUUGAUUAUUUAUUGUACUUUUUUUUCUUUACUCCCUUUUAUUGGACUGCAAUUCCAUUUAAACUAGAUUUGCUUGUAUUCAUUCCUGAUGUCUUCCCCCUCCACGCCUUACAAUAAUCUGACAGUAACAGUAGCUAACUGUUAUUACAUUGAUUCAACUCGUCUGUUUUUGUCUCAGAUCUUGUCCCGACUUUAAAGAGAAGUAUUCUCACAGUACUUGGGUUGAUGGUAGAAGUAAAAGGGGUGCUGAAAAACCUCUCUCAUCACUGGUUUAGGUGAGUCUCCAAGUUAGAAGACAGAUUAUGUUGAAAAGUCUUCUCUCAGUAAGAUUAACAACCGGUCUGUUUAUUACAAGCAAUAGCUGUGACCAAAUGGGUUGAGGAAAGUUUAUUUAGUUUUCUUUUAAUUUGAUUGGAUGCUUGAUGCACUUGCUUGGCCCCCCCUCUCGACCAUUGGAAGUGCCUCAUUGAAUACAUUCCAGGUAGCUAAGGCUUCUCAAGCCUUUUAUAUUUGAUAAUGGAGGACAAUGAAUUUUUUAAGUCACUUGUUCUGUGUUGCCUUCACGUGUUUGGAAGAGGUGAACAGAUUUUGACACAAAGAAAGUAAAACUGUUGAAUGUAUUUUUUCAGCCAUGUUUUUUUUCACUACAGUAAUUUCUGUGAGUUUAUAUGAAAACCUGUUUUUUUUUUCUCUUUUGUAAGUAUUGAUUGCAGUUAAGUCAAUAAACCCCAUAUUUUUGGAAAACUUAAA